AUGAGAGCAUUGUGCGUCUCUUUCAUGUUCAAAGUGUGGAUCCACGCUGUGUACUACGGUCCUGUGGAUGAGUGUUCGCAAGAUAGAGAGCGGCAGGUGGAGAGGGCCAGGAGUGUGGAGGCGAUGUGGACCCGCACAGAAGUCAAGAGAAAUGACUCAAACUGGAGCAGUGGGGGGAACGAGAAUGUUUGUCACUCUCCGAGCCAUGUGGAACGUCUCUCCGGCCCAGCGGGGGGUCUGGCAUCGGCGAACGGGCACACUUCAGCGAAGCAAGCCGGAGAAAUGGACGGGGGGGAGUGUGUGUGUAAGGGCUGGUACCAAAGGGGUCGCACAGUGGUCUUUCCCGCCCUAAUCCUCCAGCCAUCCCCUCACCUCCCUCUCCUCGUCCUCUCUUACAUCUCCAGAGAUCCAAGCAGCCUGGGGGUCCUGCUGCAGCUGCUUUUAGAAAGAGAAGAAGAGAAGAAGAAGAAGAAGAAGAAGAAAGGUAAGGGGGUGAAUGUUCUCCUGCAUGCAUGUGUCAGAGAUGGCCUCACGGUCGAAUACAAAACCUUCCGAGACUCUGCCUUUACCUGCCAGGACGUCUGA